CCCACCUCGGGCAGCCCACUCUCUUCCUCUUCACACACAUCGCCAAUAUCACAAUAUUGCCUCACUUUCGCCGUUGUGCUGUCACGCCCACAUAAGUAGCAGUUACUCCAAAGGGGUCCAACAAACCAGCUUGCAGGAACAGCCAAAUGCGUCAUUUGUCGGGAUAUACACGACACGCGCGAACUCUACAAAAACAGUAGUUAUUAAGUGCUAUGGCACGCUAUCCCUAUCGACCAUAUCUCAGGACGGUUGUUCUUAGACGAGUUUGCGAAGAUCUUCCACGCGUAUUCGGCAACAGAUCGAACAUAUUGCCACGUCCCCACUUGCUCUGCUUUUAUUCACCUGCUACUCUUCAUGGAGACGUCAGUACUUGUAGGUCUCUUUGGACUCUCUCCUUGCUGGCGGCAAUAAUGCCAGUUAGCGGGAGUUCAUUAUCGCGAUAUAGACGAACCUAUAAUAUGGUAGCACCCCAUUCUCAAAUCCACAACGGUACAUCCUGCGUAGCAUGUCGAGACAAACGUACUUCAACGUUGUCCAUCCAGAAUUCUACGGAUACAUGUGCAGACAAUAGGACCACUAGUUGGGCCCAUGGACAUAUUCAAGAGACCUGUCAUGAAGAAAAAGUAUUUGUUCGCAUCAGCAGCAAAGGUGCCGCGCUCUCACAUGCCUUCCAUUCAGGGGGCUAUCUAUCUAUCUUACUUUCGAGAAUUGAUGGGUUACGAAACCAAUCGUCAAUUUAGAACCUCUGGGUCGUCACCGAAGACGACUUGAAGCUAUCCAGGGUUCGAAACGAAU